AUGAGCAGCCGCUACGUCGACGACGAUUCCUACAACCACCCAUACGACUACAGUGGGGUCGGAACCACCUAUGAUAAUACCGGCACAACAUAUGGUACUACGGACUACGACACCGGUUAUGGUGUAACAACCUACGAUCCAGACACCGGCGCCUACGACCAGCACCUCGACUACCGAACCGAUUCCUCGCGACGACACCAUCGGGAGCGACUUAAUGACAAAGGCGUCUACCGACACAGAGAUGUUGACCGCCGUGAUGACGGAACCACUCACGUUCAUCGGGAGUACGACAAUCCCAUUACGGGUACCAGCUAUCACCGCGAUGUUGAGCGGUAA